AUGCAUCGUGAAUACCAUCACCCACCCACGGAACAUCUGCUGAAUUUGAUUCGUCAAAAGUACUGGGUUAUUCACGGACGACAAAUGGUACGAAACCGAAAGUUUAAGUGCGGCUAUUGUCGAAGACAAUCAGUUAAACCACACGUGCAAAAAAUGGAAAAUCUUCCAGCUUGUCGACUAGAAGCUGGUGUGGUAUUUCAGAACACCGGAGUUGAUUUCUUCGGACCGAUGUUUGUCAAAGAAAAGCGGUCCACCCUCAAAGUUUACGGUUGUCUUUUCGUUUGUAUGGCUACUCGUGCGUGUCACCUUGAGUUAGUAGAUGACCUUUCUACCGACCAUUUCCUAAUGACAUUAAAACGAUUCAUGGCCAGGCGAGGACGGCCAAAACGAAUCUACAGUGAUAACGGAACAAACUUUGUCGGGGCUGAUAACGAGUUGAGAGCCUGCCUUACUCAACUCGACCAAGAGAAAAUACAUAAUUCGCUGACACCGCAGGGUAUGGAAUGGCAUUUCCAACCACCUUUGUCUCCUCAUUUUGGUGGUGCGUGGGAAAGAUUGGUCCAAUCUACAAAGAGAACCUUGAAAGCUAUCCUGAACGAUAGGGUUGUUGUAAAGGAGGCGCUCAGAACGGCGUUGGUAGAAGUUGAAGGAAUUCUAAAUAGUAGGCCUAUCACCCAAGUGUCUAGUGAUGCAAAUGACUGGGAGGCACUUACCCCAAACCAUUUGAUCCUCUUGCGUGCUAAUCCAGCUGUUGCUGAUGUUCAUGUUGAAGAUAAGGAGAUAAACUCUAGGAAAGUGUGGAGACAGUCGCAAGCUUUAGCGAAUUUCUUCUGGAAAAGAUUCAUUACUGAAUACAUUCCAAGUCAAACGAGGAGGAAAAAGUGGACGGAAAAAGCUCGUAGUAUGAAAGUCGGGGAUCUAGUUCUUGUUGCUGAUUCAAAUCAAUCUCGGGGGAUGUGGCCAAUGGGACGAAUAACGGUAGUCUAUCCCGGAGCUGAUAAAGUGGUUAGAGUCGUGAUGGUCAAGACGCCACAGGGAGAAUACAAAAGAUCAGUCACCAGACUAUGUCUUUUGGAAGAG